UUUCCAGGGGAACGUCUUUACAGAGGCUCCAGAAGAAGCAACCAGGAAGUAUAGUAAAGGUUCGUCGCUCCCUUUCAGGAUAAAAAGGAGUCAAGCAGAAGGAUAGGGGGGCGUGGUUUAUGCAGAUUGCAAAUCGCAGGUAAAAUGGAGGGGACGUCAAAAGGUGAUGUGCCCGAUCGGCCGCCUAAUGUUGCUGCUCAAGUUCCCUUCCUUCACCUGUGCAACACUUUAGAAAAAAUUCAGAAGUUGAAACUCCGCCCAGAAAAGUCCAAAACCCUUGGGGAUUUUAUUGAGUCGUGGAGAACAUUUCAUCACGCCCUGCAUAAGGAUGGGCCCAAAACGACAGACUCUUUCUACCCAGCAAUGCGCCUCAUUGUUCCCUCAUUUGAGCGAGAGCGACUGGCCUAUGGCAUAAAAGAAAGCAUGCUAGCAAAACUUUACAUUGAUGUGUUGUGCCUCCCAAAAAAUGGUCCCGAAGCCAACAAGCUAUUGAACUACCGUACACCGACCACGUCUCCAGGAGAGUCUGGAGACUUUGCCGGCAUGGCCUACUUUGUGCUGAAGAAACGCUGCAGCAGUCAGGGAAAGCUCACCAUUAAAGAAGUCAACGAUUUCCUUGAUUCAGUGGCUACCAACAAUGCAAGCAAGAAGAAAGACCUUGUGAAGACAAGCCUCCUGCACCUCAUCACGCAGAGCUCUGCUCUUGAGCAAAAAUGGCUCAUUAGAAUGAUUCUGAAGGACAUGAAGCUGGGCAUCAGCAAGGAAACUGUUCUUCAAGUCUUUCACCCGGAUGCUGGCGAGCUCUACAAUGUGACCACGGACCUGGACAAAGUGUGCCAGCAGCUCCACAGUCCCUCUGUGUCUUUGAGCGAAGUUUCCAUCAGACUUUUCUCUGCGUUCAAGCCCAUGUUGGCCGCUGUCGCUAACAUCCGCAAUGUGGAAAAGCAGAUGGGAAACAGCUCUUUUUACAUCGAAACCAAGCUGGAUGGGGAGCGAAUACAACUGCACAAAGAUGGCGAUGUGUACAAGUACUACAGUCGAAAUGCCUUUGACUACACGCAGCAGUUUGGUGGCUCUCCUUUGGAGGGUUCACUGACACCAUACAUCCACAACGCAUUUCAAAACCACGUCUUCAAUUGCAUUCUUGACGGGGAGAUGAUGGCUUACAACCCAAGUGCAAAGACGUUUAUGCAGAAAGGGAGCAAAUUUGACAUUAAGAGACUCAUGGAAGACUCAGAGUUGCAGACUUGCUUCUGCGUCUUUGAUGUCCUGUUAGUCAAUUCCCAGAAGCUUAGCAAAGAAACGCUAAAGAAGCGUUAUGAGGUACUGCAGACAAUCUUCACUCCGGUCAAUGGCAGGAUUCAGAUGGUGCUGAAAACAGAGGCUCGAACCAUGCAGGAUGUGGUCGAUUCCCUCAAUGAUGCCAUUGACAACCGAGAAGAGGGCAUCAUGGUAAAAGAUCCGCUGUCCAUCUACAAACCGGACAAGCGGGGAGAAGGCUGGCUGAAAAUAAAGCCAGAGUACGUGGACGGAUUGAUGGAUGAGCUCGAUGUCUUGAUCGUUGGCGGUUACUGGGGCAAAGGGAGGCGGAGCGGUAUGAUGUCCCAUUUCCUAUGCGCUGUUGCAGAAGCUCCGAAGCCCGGCGAGAAACCCUCAGUAUUCCACACGCUCUGCCGCAUCGGUUCUGGCUACACCAUGAAGGAGCUGUAUGACCUCGGCUUGAAGCUUUCCAAGCAUUGGAAAGUUUACCGAAAAAAUGACCCACCGGCCAACAUCCUGUGCACAACUGAGAAGCCCGAGGUCUACAUCGAGCCUUGCAACUCAGUCAUCCUACAGGUGAAGGCGGCCGAGAUAGUCGGGAGCGACAUGUACAAAACCAACUGCACCCUGCGCUUUCCGAGGAUUGAGAAGAUCCGUGAUGACAAGGAGUGGCACCAGUGCAUCACUCUCGCCGAGCUGGAGGAGUUCCGCAGUAAGGCGUCGGGGAAACUUGCUUCGCGCCACCUACGUAUUGACGCUGCCAACGAGCCGCAAAGAAAAAGGCAAAAGCUGCCUGUCAAAUCCAAGAAGGUGGUCAGCAUCAUUGACCAUUCCAAACCCCAGGAUCUCUCCGGGGUUACCAAAGAGACGGACAUGUUUGAGGACGUGGAAUUUUGCAUCCUGAAUGGGACGGAGGAUCACCCCAAAGCUGAGUUGGAGAAAGGUGUGGCCAAGUCUGGCGGCAUUGUCGUUCAGAACCCGGGGCGAGAUACUUACUGUGUGAUAGCCGGAUUGGAGAACAUCCGCGUGAAGAACGUGAUUUCGUCCAACCAGCAUGAUGUUGUGUGGGCCUCCUGGCUGCUUGAGUGUCUGGAGCAGAAACGAGUGGUUGCGUGGCAACCACGCCACAUGAUCCACAUGUCCCCCCCCACCAGGGAACACUUCGCCAAGGAAUACGACAGCUAUGGUGACAGUUACUUCCUGGAAACUGACGAACAGCAGCUGCGAGAGGUGUUCAGGCGCAUGGGACCGGCAGACACCUCGACAGUCGUCGAUGUCAGCCAAGUUGAAGAGCGGUACGGCUGGGGUGACCUUCCCACCAGUAUGUUCAGACCUUUCACAGUCUAUGUGGAUGAUUAUACGGACAUCGGUGACCCUGAAACCCCCAUUUCUGCAAGUUGUUUGGAUAUCAGAGCCCUGGAGAUUCGUUACCACGGAGGGAAAGUGGUGCAGAAGUUGGAGGAAGGGGUGUCGCAUGUGGUCAUCACGACAGAAACGCGACUUGCGGAUUUGAGGCGAUUGAGGCGCAGCUUUCAAAAGAAGUUCAAAAUCGUCAGGGACUCAUGGGUGACCGAUUCAGUGGAAGCAGGGCAUCUGGUGAAUGACGACAGCUAUUUAGUUUGAAAAGUCUUCCCGCAAAAGCACUUUCCCUGGUGCCAGAAGUGGCCUGGUAAAUGUUUAGAGAUGUGAAUUGAGGGAUAACAAUGUGGCGCUGCAUGAUUGGACUCAGUAGGUCAGCACAUUUCUGGAGCUGUCACGACAUACCGCCCACUUUCUUUCCCGUGAGAUUUUAGCUUUUGUUGAAAAAUAACAAUCAUUAAAAACCAAUGCACGAUAUCGAGAGUAAAAUAAUUUAAACUUUUUUUUUUUGGGGGGGGGUACUGUUUGAAAUUUGAAACUUUUAAAUGAUGCUGUUGUUUGUGCGAAUGUAAAGUUUUGAUUGCUUUUUCGGGUUUAGUAUUUAGCUAUUACAAUAACUUUUGGGGCUACAGCUGCAUUUUAAAUUAUUAAGAUCGGAAAUAACUAUUGCUCGCAGCUGUGGAGGUUCUGUACCCACCGCUAUUUCCCAUAAUGCAACUAGAACAGCCGAUCUUGCAUACAAAUUUUAGAACCAAUUAUCGUUAUAUCCCUCCAGUUAUCUAAGUCAUGUAUUUUUGCUUUGGCUCAAACUGGAUUUUAAGUGUGAAAUUGUUGUUUUCCAACACAGACCAGUGCUGUGUUUUUGAUGUAAUUUUCAUUUUUUUUUUUAACAAAAAUAAAUAUGGCAAAUAAUUUAAAAUCUUUUUCCCUUUUCCAUACCUUUUCAGCAUAUGCUCAUAUUUCAGGUAGAUGCCUAAAUACCACAAGGAGAGUUGUUAAAACCAGCAAAGCUCCCUGCAACAAAGACAUUCUUGUGUUUUCUGUCAUCCAAAAUGUCACCAUCGUGUCGUGGGACUAGUUGAUAUGUUAUAACCUUCAUUUCCUCAGCCCCCGGGGUGCUGCCUGUGGUGUCCUGGGCGUUGUUGGAUAUAAAAUUGAAUUUAUUUUGGAGUGAAAAGGUUUCGACCGAGCCCGUAAGGCAAGGGUGUCUCAAGUCCAGUACAUGGGCUAUCUGUAUCCCGUUGUCCAUUUUUGUGGAGACUGCAAUAUGUGCGACAGCUCGCAACCCUCAUUUUCUUGGACUCUAUAUACCGUCUUAUGUCAGUUUCUUGACAGUCGUCCAGUCUCUGUCUUUGUAUGCAAGUGUUACACAGCGCAGAAAGUGAGCCUCUUAAAGGAAGGGAAUGUAAAGUGCCAUGAACGUACUCCACAAAUGAA